AUGCGGCAAUCCAAGGACUUUGACGUCGUGGUUGCGUAUCAGCGUGCGCUUACGGACGAGAAGUACCCGCACCCCGUGGCGGCGAUCCUCGCCUUAGUCGAGCUGAUGGAGGCGUCGACAGCCACGACCCUCUCCGGUCUUGCUAUCGAGUUAUUCCACGGACGUCAGACCCUCAUCGCGACGCAGAGCAGUCUCGGCGUGCGUGCCGGCUGCCAGCUGUGGGAGCGUUUCCUCGCAGCAUCGAUGGACAGCGGAGGCGAAUUCACGGCAUACAAGCGCCAGCUUAUCCAGCAGGGCCGUUCGUUCUGCUCGGUGACGGCACCCCAGGCACGCGACAAGAUUGCUCAGCAGGCAGUCGACUUUCUGCGUGAUGACUGUGUCAUCCUCACACACUCGUACUCUAGAACCGUUAUUCAGACCAUCCUCAACGCGCACAAGCAGCACAAGCGCGUCAGCGUAUACGUGACGGAAGCGCGUCCUGGGUGCCUCGGCCAACGCACUCAGCAGAUCCUCACAUCCGCUGGCAUCCCUUGCGAGGUGGUGCUCGACAGCGCGGUCGGAUACGUAAUGGAGCGCGUCGACAUGGUGCUGCUCGGGUGUGAGGCGGUCGUCGAGAGCGGAGCACUCGUCUCGUCGGUCGGAACGUACCAGGUCGCACUCGUCGCCAAGGCGAUGCAGAAGCCCGUGUACGCGCUGGCCGAGUCGUACAAGUUCUUGCGCCACUAUCCCCUCUCCCAGACCGACCUGCCCAUGCCGCGCGACGCGAAUAAGAUGCCGCUGGUGCUCCCCGCCGACAUCCCGACCACUCCGGACCACUCGCACUUGCGCCGUCCGUCCGCGUCCCAACCUCCUAGUGGUUCUGUGACCCCUGCCGGCGCACUGGCAUACGCAGCCACGCCUGACCUGACCAAGGCGUGCAUGGCCAACCAGCCAAAGUUCGACGUCACGUUCCCCCAGCUCGUCGACUUUAUCAUCACCGACCUGGGCACGCCAUUGUCGCCAACGUCGGUCAGCCAGUAUCUGGUGGCGCAGUUCUCGUCGUAG